AACGCGCAGUUUCUUCAAUUAUAAAACUUAAGAGGAGCUCUAAUGUAAUUUGCCCAAAAUAUUAAUUCCUUCCCAAACGCUUCCAGAGUCGAGACCGGACAUUGCAGAGAAAGAAGAAAUCACACAAAAUUGCAAACUUCAUCAUCAAAGAUGGAUAAGGGUCUUAAUGAGAUUAAUUAUGAAACCUCUGCAGAUUCAACAACGGUUGAGAAAUUGGAAUCACUUUUGGACGCAAUCGAGGAUCUUGAAAGGCAGGAAUCAGAAGUCCAAUCCCGUUGUAUUGUAGAAUAUGCGAAAUUGUUGGCUGAGGUUAGUGAGCUCGAGGAUAUGCUACAAAAUGAUGUAGGAGGGGAUUUUGUGUAUGGCAUUCUUGAUGACAGUAUAAAUGAGUCUAAGGAGAGACUGAAUAUGCUGAAGAAGGAGCUCGCAUCUAAAUUAAGAGCUAUCUUACUGCUAAGAAGACAGCUUGAUGACAUUCCCGUACCUGCUGAACUCCUCCAGUACGAACUAUGCUGUUCACAGCUUUAUACCAGCAUUCAGAAAAAGCUUCGACAAACUCGAAAAUACUAUGAAACCUUCAAUGCACUACUGGAGAUAAAGGAGUUAAUGCUAAAGGAGACAUCCUUGCUCAACUCCAUAAGUUCACAGUUCCAAAACGCCAUCACCAGCCCCACUGGCCGAACAAAACUCGUUGAUUCCAUGAAGGGCAUUCUGCAGGGGAUUCAGCAGAAACUGGAAAAAGUGCAAUUAGCGUGCGAAUCUGAGCAAAAGGCUUGUGACGCUCUAAAAGAGAAGCAUAGAAUAGCUAUUUCAGAGCAAAGACACUGCUACUCUCUCUUGAAGGCUUUCCAGUUUAGGUGGAUUCAGCUUCGGUCACCACCACGAUUCAGGGCAUCACCCUCGGAAUCAUAGGUUGCUUAUAGGAUUCUUACAGAUUGUCCACAAACAUAGCCCUCGCAUCAGCAGCGAAAUUCAAACAUGCAACCUUUUAUGAUAAAGUGACUUGCCCUUACGAAUUAAGCCAACUUGUGUUGGGAACUUAAAAGUUUGUUGUUAGCUGUAAUGUUGGAAUUUGGAUUGAUCACAGUGGUGCUUUAGUGUACUACAGCCUUGAACAGAAGUUACUUAUCAAUCAAGUUGUCCAAUUUUUAGGAGGAAUGUGCAAGGAAUGAGAGAUUGCGGCAAGCCCGGACUUUACAACCAUCCUCAUGAUGCUGCACAAUCCUCAAUUGUUAUCUACAUGGAUUACAUAAUCGGACUGGGUGGGAUGGUCAAGUUUUUGAUUUACCUGACAGCUUUGAUUAGACAGAAGAUUGCGCGUGCUGUAUCUACAUUAGAUAUGACCAUCAUCUCAACUUGUAUAUAUUCCUUGACUUUGUAUACCCUAUUCUGGUAAAUCUUGCAUGCUAGCAUACAAGAUUUCUGAAAAUCUCACUCUGAUAUAAAUGAUUGUUAUUGCUUCUUGUGUAGUCUUCAUCAGCCAAUGCAAUCCCUUGGAGUUUACCAA